AUGCCCGGCCUUCUCCUAACUCCAGACACAGAAUUCAAGAAGAUCCAGAUCAAGAAGCUGCAUCCAACAUUCGCGGCCGAGAUUGAAGGUGUUGAUUUCUCCAAGCCAAUUCCGGACGACGUCUUCAGCGAGAUCCUGGCAGCUUCUGCAAAGUAUGGAGUGAUUGUGUUCCGAAAGACCGGGCUUGACGACAAAGGACACGUUGAGUUUUCUCGCCGGUUCGGAGAGUUGGACGAUAUCAGGCCGUACAUGACCAACGGGAGAAAGCCACGAUAUGAAUACUAUGAGCUUUUUGACGCCGGCAAUAUCGACCCCGAUACGAACACUGUCCUGUCACCAGAUAGUCCCCGCGCACAAUACAACAAGGGCAACGCCCUAUAUCACGUCGAUUCGUCGUUCAACCCCCGGAGGGCAUCAUACUCGAUCUUGAAAGCUCACGAACUGCCACCACCAAAUACAGGAGGCCAUACCGGAUUUGCCGAUACGCGGACGGCAUUUGAUGAACUGGAUCCUGAGUUGAAGGCAGAGCUUCUGGAGAAGAAUUAUAUCGGUGCCCAUUCCCUCUAUUCGUCGCGCAAGAAGGCGGCGCCGGAAUACUUCAAAGAUGUCGAUGUGAACAAUUUUCCGAUGCACAAGCAUCGUAUUGUGCAGAAGCAUGAACCGUCAGGUCGAAUGAAUUUGUACAUUGCCGCCCAUAUGGACCACAUCGUGGAUGUAUCACCAGAGAAGUCGAAGGAGCUUAUGGACAAGCUUAUGGCGCACGCCACGCAGGACAAGUAUACCCUCAGUAUUCCAUGGAACGAUCCUGGUGACAUGGUCAUCUGGGACAACACCUGUGUUAUGCAUCGUGCCGAAGGCGGUUCUUUCGCAGGAAAAUACCGAAGAGAUCUGAGGAGGACCACAGUGCACGAUGACAGUUCUGAGGCCUGGGGUCUUAACAGGGCGGGACAGGAUGAGAGACCAGGCUUCGUAUUGUACGACUUGUGA